AUGGACGCCUGGGCGGUUGUGGAAUAUGCCCGCCCGCUGGAGAAAGUCCAACUCCCCAAGCACGAAGCCGUGGGCACCGAAGUGGUGAUUGCAGUGACCCACUGUGGCGUUUGCCAUUCGGACGUCCACCUUUGGGAGGGGUUCUAUGACCUCGGCGCUGGACGGCGACUAAGCUUUGCCCAGCGCGGCACCAAGCUGCCCAUAGCGCCGGGACACGAAAUCGCCGGCGUUGUGAUUCGCCGCGGGCCCGAGGCGCACGCUGUGAAGCUCGGCAGCCCACAGAUUGUCUAUCCAUGGCUGGGUUGCGGCAAGUGUGUGCCUUGCUCGCGGGAGGAGGACAACCUGUGCACGGCGCAGACGUCGCUGGGCGUGGUGCGCCAGGGAGGGUUCGCCGCCGAAGUUGUCGUGCCUCAUCCGCGGUACCUGGUGGACCUGGGGGAGCUGGACCCGGCCGUCGCAUGCACGUACGCCUGUUCAGGCAUGACGGCGCUCCACGCCGUGCGUGACCUUGGCCCUCAGCAUCCGGACGAUUGUGUUGUGGUCAUCGGCACGGGAGGCCUUGGCCUGGCGGCCAUUCACGUACUGCGUGCCCUCGGACAUGAACUCAUCGUCGCCGUCGAUCUGAGCGAAAUGAACCGCCAGGCCGCGGUCCAGGCCGGUGCCGCGGCGGCAUUUUCGUCCGCGGAGGAAGGCGUUCAGAAUCUCAUUCGAGACGCCAUCCACGGUGCGCGGGUAACUGGGGUCAUCGAUUUCGUCAAUGUCUCUGCCACGGCUGCCUUGGCUUUUUCUAUCGUCGACAAGGGGGGCCGAAUGGCCCAGGUCGGCCUCAUGGGCGGGGAAUUGCAACUGUCGCUGGUCGGCCUGAUCGGCAAGGCCUUGACCAUCACGGGAACAAACACGGGCAAUCUGUCACAUUUCCGAGAAAUUCUGUCUUUGGCGAAGAGUGGGAAGCUGGUUCCGCCGCCUAUCAAGACCAUGCCAUGGGACCAAGCCGCAGAUGCCAUGACACUUCUUCGUGAUUCGAAGGUAACCGGCAGGCUCGUGCUUGUGAAGGAGUGA